GAUUACACCACUGCACCGGAAAUAACAAGGAUCAAAAAGCUGAAGAUCACAGGUGAAGAGGGAUGCCGCGAAAGAAACAUCUUCUACCAAAUGACCCGAGAGGGCUGGGUUGGCUGCCCCCCAUAUCUGCAGCAUCUUCAUCAGAAAUGGAGGAGACCCAGGACAGCAAAGAUCUCAUGUUACCUGGACGUACCCAGAAUGUGAUUAAAGAAGACGUUCCUUGGAGCUCCAGUCUGAGCCUGCCAGACCCAGGAUUUCUUCAUGUAAAGAUAAAAGAGGAGGAAUGCUGGACCAGUCGGAUAAAACAACAGAAGGCGGCUUAUACCAAGAGAUUGUUGUACGCUGUUGUUACUGCGAAGAAUGAGGAUAAUGAAAAGAAACCUCAAUGCAUACGUCUUCAUGAAAUCAAAACAGAAGACAGCAGAGAGGCAGAACCUCCAACCAGCUGCUCAGAUACACAAAUGGAAACUGAUGGAAGGGACUGUGGGGGACCAGAACCAUACAGGAACCCAUAUCCAAACAAUCGUUUUCAACAAAAUAAUGAUGAAACAGAAUUAAACGAAACUGAAGAUGAAUAUUGGGAGGAGUCUUUGUCAGAUUCUGGACCUGAAAUUGAAGACUGUGAUCCUGUUCAGAUGGAGACCAGAGAACCUCAGUCAGGCGUAAACAAGAAUUUAGUUUGUUGCACAAAAAAGUUCUUCACCUACUCUGAGAGUGGUCAACAGAUUUUGGACUGAGGUGUCUAAGCAUAGCAUUU